CGACAAAAGGGUGGAGUAGGAAUUGCAAUUCCAAUUGUUAUUGGAAGACGAUGAGUACAUCAUUUUGAUUUUCCCCAUGAUCUUCUGAGAAAAUCGUGUACACCACCAUGUCCGCCUCUACCCCAGGCGGUAAGGAUUUCGUCCGCAGCUCUCAGGAAUGGUGGGAGCAGCGGCAGAAUCGCAUGAUCGAGCACGAUAUGGAUUGCAAAAAUGUCUGGGUCUGGAAAGUUGGAGCUUGUAAUGCUAGUAGCUUUCCAUUGCUAGGAAAUCUGUAUUGCAUACACCAACAAAAGUCGCAGCCUCUUUUGUCAUGCAAAAACGCAGCUUCUUAUGCGCAGUUCCUAUCAAAAAGUUGUCAUGCUGGGCUGGUGCAUUCGGAACUGUUUCCAUCAGCCAUAUUUUCGCAUCACAAGUUUCCAGACCCAGACAUCAUAUUUCCAUUUGAUACACGAAAGGCAGCUGCAGCAAAUUUCCUCCUCCCGAACGCCUUCGAUGGGCACCACUGGCACGAUGUUGAAAAGCGCUGCAAUUUCGAAAGAACCAACGAGCAUGAUCGGCACCAUUGGUAAAAACGACGCAACCAUUACAACCACCGGUGAAGAAGAUCAAGAACAAAAGCCACUGGACAGCGAAGGUCUGAAAGACGAGCAGAAAAUCUACGAGCGGUUGGUAAAAAACCGCACAAUGGUCAGCACGCGGAACCAUCCUGGCGCCGUCGGGACUACCACUACAAAUACAAUUACAUCUUCAAACAGAGACCAAAGAACUACUACGUCAGCAGCUCACGACAAUACUUUCUCCCCUUCCUACCGGAACAACGUGUACGCGAAGGAGUGCAGCCCGCGAAGGAACCUGCUCCGGACCGCGGUCGUGCACAAGGAAGCGGCGAGGCAGAUCUUGCAAAAGACGAAAUUCAUGACCAGUGAGGAGCGGAGAGAGGUCGCGGAAAAAAUUUUCACGACUAGCACUAACAGGAACGAUAGACCUCUGACAGGAGGAUCUUCGCUGUUUGAAGAACAUCAUCAAUCCGAGAUGAAUCCCGAUCCGGGGCUGAUGCAGCAGCUCAUGGAUGAGGUGUGGUCUUUGGAAGCGGCUUUGCGAACCUGCGAGCAACAAAUCACGAACAUGCUAGACAACGAGCCGAUAUCACAGGAAAAAGUGCUAACGUUAACGGUUUUCAUAGAUGGCAAAAAUGCAUGACAAAUUUUGCCGAGCAUGCAUGCUAUGCAUGACAAAUUUUGGCACGUUUUGUGAUGCAUUUCUGCAUCACAAAUUCCGUUAACGUUAACACUUUUUCCUGUGAUAGCCGAAGCUCGCCUUUCUCGCGGAGAUCGAGAGGGAAACGGUUGAGGCGCGGGAACUAUGCCUUGCAAAUCUAUCGAAUUCGUCGUAGUUGGAAUCGCAGUGAUGCAUGACAGAUCUAUCUUUGUAGGAAAACCACCAUUACAAAUUUCACUUAUCAUGGCGACAAAUCUUGUCAUGCGAUUUCGACUACUACGAUAGUUUUGCAAUGCAUAGGGGCAAUUCAAGCUGGUGAACGAUCAGCUACACAAACUGGAAGAAGAAAACACGAAAGUGGUGGAGGAUUUGAGAAAAGCCGAGGAAGCGGCGAAAGGGUAUAAGAACCAGUAGUGGGAAGUGCAGGUGCAAUCAUACAUGACAGAUCCUCCUUCUCAGCUAAAUCAGCAUGACAAAUUCCAUUUUUCGAGCUGAAGUAAUUUGUGAUGCAGUUCCUACUAAUAAUCUAAUGGUAAUGCGUUACUUUUCUCGUAUGCAUGAUACGGUAUCAUGCAUACGAAAAAAGUAACGCAUUACCACAGGUACAUGAAGAAGCUGGAGGGGCAGGAUGAGCAGAACGCCAAACUUGACGCAGAUCUCCGCGACAUGGUGCAGAAACUCACCCAGAUCGACUCCGACCACAUGCGAGAGCUGCAACAAGUGAGAAAUGACCACCAGAUUGCGAUCAUCGACCUGGACCAGCAACACGCCAAGGUGCACCGGGAACACGAACAGAAAGUUUUGGAGAUGCACCGAGUCCUCGCGAAGGCGAACGGCGAGAACCAGCAGCUGAUAUCGCAAGAAAAAACUGUUUCACUGUUGUAAACUUGUGAUGCAUAGAACGGAGCGCAAAUGUGUUUGUCUUGCUACAGAUGCAAGACAUUAGAUUUUUAGCUGCGUUUUCCCUUCGGAAGCACGCAUGUGAAGUUUUCUUUGUCAUGUGUAGCGAACUUGUGAUGCAGGAUCUUGCAAAAUCCUCACAGUGAGACAGUUUUUUCGUGGGAUAAGUGAUUACGAAGUUGCAAUCCGAGCAUCUGAACGAAUUGGCGGAGCUGCGGAACCAAUUUCAACAGGAAAGGAUGGAUUUGAUCGAGUUUAACCGCGAUUCGAUGCAACAGAUUGAGAUGGGGAAGCACACUGCCAUCUUGGAACUGGGAACGAAGCAGGAGAGGGAACGGACCAAGCAGGUAAAUGACCUGGAAGAGAAACUGUUGAAACAGGAAAGCUAUCCUGUGCAAAAGUAUCGCACUCGUAGUCAUUGCAAUCAUGCAUUGCAAAUUAUUUUCUUAAACGUAAAUCCGCAUCACAAGUUCUAUUUCUCAUGCUGAGGAAACUUGUAAUGCAUUCAUACGAGUGCCAUGCUUGUUUUGCAAUGCAUAAAAGCCGGAUCUUAGCGGAUCAGGUCCGGGUCAAGGAGCUGGAACGCAAGUUGGCAGGUUAUGAGGAAAGUGAAACUGCGGUAGGGGGAGCUGCUUCUGGGACGAUAGGGCCGGAGAAGAAGAAGCUGUUGGAUGCGCAAAAGGAAAAAAUUGAAAAAUUGGAGGAAGAGGUACUCGUACUACACAAAUGCUUCUUAUGUGUUUCUGAAGUGGGAAAGCACGACGUGACCGUGGUGCUCUUUGAUGCAAUACAGUGCGUGCUGCUAAUAAACCCUAAGAACAAAGAAACGCGAACGCCGUUAGAAGUCUACUUCUCACACUCACAUCGCAGAUUACCCGCUUGCAGACCGCACUUUCCGAGUCCCAGAAGGCACUUGAGGACGAGAGGAAGGAACACAAGGAACACAAAAAAGACUCGGAGAAAAAACACUCGCACCACGGUGGGGAAAUGGCAGAGCUGAAAGAAAAGAUCAAGGAGUUAGAGGCCAGGCUAUUACAAUGAAAAAUGCCCCCACUCCCAAAGUUGCAAAAAUUUGUGAUGCGAAGUUUCCAAAUGAAAACUUUCUGUCAUGCAUGAAAGGAGUAUGAAUCUUUCUGAUGCAGGGUCUAGGCGUGUAUCGCAUCGCUUGCAUGACAAGCACUGCUCUUGAUGGGGUCUUUUGCAAUACAAAUCUUUGCUAUUCGCGAUUGGAAAUCUGUGAUGCUGAUAGAUGCAAAAGGGUGAGUGUUUCACUUGGAAAGGUUUGCAAUACAAAUGCUCCCAAGUUCGGGGGUGGGGGCAUUUUUCAUUGUAAUACAAGCUUGCAAAACAAGAAGAGGAUCUGAGGAAAGAAUUAGCCGUGGAGCUGGAGGAACAGGAGAGAGAGUAUAAGAAAAUGUUUUUUUCGUCAAGAGAUGAAAUUUGUCAUGCGAAAUACCGAAUGUAUGAACAUGAACCGCAUGACCGUCACCGUCCAUGUUAUCCGUGCAUGACAAACCCAAACUCUACCAAAAUAAAGGUUCGAAGCCCACGUGACCGAGUUCCAGGCAGAGCGCGAGGCGUAUGAGAAGCGGCACGAAAAAAUUUUGAAGCACCAGGCGAACAAAAACUGGAAAGCCUUUACUAUCUUCUGUAAACGCAUCGCACUCAUACAAAAGAUGCCAGACAGGCAUGGCAGAUCUGCGUUUUUACUUGCAUCUGCAUGACAAAUUCCACGCCUCUUCUCGAAAAGUAGUAGAUUUGUGAUGCAAUAAUCCCUAACUAUGAGUGCGAAGAUACUUGUGCAAUGCAUAUCUACCUACGCGCUGCGAUUCGAGAAGCUGGCGUUUCUCGCGCAGGAGGACAUGCAUAUGACAGUGCACAUCUCCCCCUCCCCCUCAUUUGUAUAGCAUGAACGUCGGCAAUACAAACAUCAGCAAGAGUGCCGGUUUUGCAUGUCAAAUUUGAAUUUCCACUGGAUUGCAGUGCUGUUUGGGCCGCUACCAGAACUUGUCAUGCAAACAGUGCCAAGAGACAAAGGGUUGACUGGGUAUUUUGCAUGACAAAUGAGCAGGGGGAGGGGGAGUCGUGCACUGUCAUAAUGCAGAACAUGAUCGGAAUCAUCAAACGGUACAAACGGAGAAAUCGGCGGCAGUACCCUUUGCAAAAGUAUCGUACUCGUACUAAUUGCGUUUAUGCGUUACAAAUCUCUUUACUAAGGCAAAUCCGCAUUGCAAGUUUGAUUUGUAAUGCUAAGUGAAUUUGUAAUGCAAUUUUAUAGAUGCUAGUACGAUAAUUUUGCAGUUCAUAGGCAGUCGCAGGCGUUGAUUACCGCCGGCACCAUUGCGCGGAAUUCUGCGGGGCAGAAAAACCGGACCUCGCAGAUAAAGAACUACUCGACGACGUCAGGACCAGGAGGUGGUGGUGAACAAAUACAGGAACAACAACUCUCCCAGUCGGCUACAGAAGUCAAAAACCAAAUUUUGACUGCCGGCCAACACAACCGACAACUGGCAAUGGACACGGAAAGCGUAAACGACAUGGAAAAUCAUAGUACCGAGGAAAGAACACCCCGGCUCGGGCGGAAAUCGUACGGGAGCGUGGAUGUGGCUGCAGUCAGUGGGAAAACAUCAUCUUCGAAUAAAAUGUUGAAGCCUGCUGACAAGGACCCCAACUCGUCACCUGCGAAGGUCGUGCAUGAUCAACACUUCUCAGUGCUUCCUCGAACAAAAUCCUCCUCCUCUUCCUCUUCCUCGACUAAAAUCUUGCACAGCGGGACACGUCGCAGCUACGUAGACCGGCGAGAAUCUUCGUCAGCGAUUUUGCAGCAGCAGCAGAAGUAUGCAUUGCAAAAGUAUCGUACUAGUAGACAUUGCAUUACAAACAGUCUCAGCAUGAUUACAAAUAAAAUUUGUAAUGCGGAUUUACCUUGAUAGCUAGGUUUGUAAUGCAUGACUGCGAUUACUACGAAACGAGUACGAUAUACUUUUGCACUGGAUAAGGAGGCGGGAGGUGGUCCCCUUCGGGAGAAGUUGGACGAUUUUGAUGUGGAUGAUGAAAACGAAGAAGCAGUUGAAGAUGAUGGACUAAGGGAGAAUGUUGAUACCACCAACGCCGAUAUGAACCAGAGCGAAGGUCUGCUAAUCGACAGUGUUCUGCAGGAAAACGCAGCUCUCAGUAGAGAUCGCGACGACGCUAUCCUGUGCAAAAGUAUCGCACUCGUAUUGCAAUCAUGCAUUACAAAUUUUUUUCUCAAGGUAAAUUCGCAUUUACAAAUUUUAUUUCUCAUGUUGAGGGAACAAUUUGUCAUGCAUUUAUACGAGUGCGAUACAACUUUUGCAGUUCAUAGACGCCCGGAAGUCCGUGAAAUCACUAGAAGAGAAACUACGGGUAUUGGAAAACGCCCAGCGGAAAGACGAGAGAACAGCAGUAGAAGUUUAUUCUGGCGCAACAAGAGCCACCUCCUCUUCUAGCAAGCAAAAAAAACCUGUCGCGGAGAAAAAGCUAGUUCUGGCCCGGGGCGAGAUUCCAACCCCGACGGAAAGUGAGACGCACUCGGUGAUGUCGGAGAUCAAUAAUUUGGAGGUUGUUCACGAUAGUACCGACUAUCAACAGAACAAGCAGCAACUGGUGUCCUCAAGAGGGGCGCUUAGGGAAGGGGCGCACCGGUUCGCGAGGAGGAAUAGCGCUACUUCCUAUGGCCUCCUCAAGCGUUACAAUCUCAAACGUUGCAAUAGAAUCGGAAUAUGUGUUGCAUGAUGAGCAUGACAGAUUCGCACAGCGUUCCACCUUUUGCAAUACGAACUCCGCCAGAUUCUAGUGCGGGUUGGAGCUGCAGAACUUGUCAUGCGCAAUCCUGUGCUGGGAGUAGGGUAGAUCGUGCACUUUUUGCAUGACAGAUUUCCACAGUUCUAUUGUAACGUUUGAGAUUGUAACAGCUGAGCAGGUUAUACUUCCUCCGGCGCAUCUUCCUCGUCUUCAAAAGAUUUUCCCGGCGGAGGUCGGUUGAAAAGCAUAUCGUCAGGAAGCAGGACGAAAACCACUCCCGAUGCGAACAACCAGAGCUUUCUUUUCUACAAUGAUGCCGUCGCCGCGGAAAGUAGUCUAGGACUUAGAACAGCUCUGCAUGAUACUAGUACCGGCACGUCGACAGAGCGGACCGCCUUCUUCAAAAAAGAUACUGCUGCUGCACCAGAGGUAGAAGCUCUAGCGGGUUCUGGUGUAUUAGCCAGCAUGACAGAAGUUCCAGAAUACCGGGAAAUCGCUUUUCCGGACACGCUGCGAAAAGGAACCACGGCAGCGACAAGAGACAGGAGUAGGUCCAGCAAGAUGAGACAACCAAAAACAAAAGUUGCGAAGAACUCCGGAGCAGGAGGUGGAGCUUCUGCUGCUACAACUUCCUCCUCCUCCUCCUCCUCCUCGUCAGCAAGCAGGUCAAACAAGAAAGCACAAAAAAGUCCCGUCGAUUUGGUUUUGGGAAAGAACGGUAACUACCAGGAUGAAAAAGUAGAACAAGAAACACCAACAAGUAGGAUAAAAAUUCAUUCCCAUCCUCCCCGCCCACCAUCCGUGUUGCAAAAAAUCUGGCGGUCCUUCCUUCAGUGGAAAAACGAGAUGGCGCAGCCUUUGGAAGACGAAUUUUUCGCCCUGUCCGCGCAAGACUGGCGUAACAGCGCCAACCGACAGCUGAUCCAGGACCUCUGGAACCACGCAGAAGAGGCCCUGAUCGCUUUGCAGGGGCAGUGGGCAAAGGAGCUGCUGACCCUGGAUUCCCAGGAGAGCGACGCAUUGCACGAUUGGCGCGAAGCGAAGCUGGCGAAGAUAAAAACAAGCUACGAAAGCGCCUGGAAAAAGUGCUUUCUUUCGACAGCAGCUGACGGCGCAGCGAUCGCCGUAUCAUCUCCAUGUUCGGGAAUAGUAUUAAACACUUCCAUGAUUUCAACACCCCACGAACAGGUGAAAGCAAGGGUUUGCGGCAGGAUAGCUGAGUUUAAACAGCGGAUGGGCGAGUUGUCAUCUUCGUCUAGUAGCUCCGGAGCAUCUUCUAUCGUGAGAAAAAAGUGUUACAGUUACACACUCUGAUGGGAGACAAGCAAGACAGACAACCUCUGUCAUGCAGGAAAUGCUCUCCAGCCUCAUUUCAUCGGUGUUUUCCCUUAUAGUCUACGCAUCACAGGUUUUCUUAGCCAUGUCGAGCAACUUUGUGAUGCAGGAACUCCACCAAAUGUGUAACUGUAACACUUUUUUCCUGUGACAUCUUCACUGAAGCGCCUCGACGCUGCUGCGGUAACAACAGCCGCUGCACGAACUAGAUCCGACCCCGACCUCCCAGAUCCCCGGCGCCUCCUCGCGUUGAACCGGCUGGCGUGGAAAAAAAUCGCGAAGCGGAAGCCGAUUGAACUGUGGCGGGACAGUGUGCUGCUGCAGCCCGCGGUGGAUGAUUUUGCACGGGAAUUGAAGGAGUUUCUGGAUGAGAACAUCAGCUGUCACACAGAACAAAAUAGCACAAGACCGGGAUCAGCAGCAGCAACCGCGAGUAGAUACAACCAGCACAAGAGACUGCGCCGAGUGCUGUCCUUGUCGAAAUCGAUGGCGCGGGGCGUGGAGAAGCAGAUCCUCGCUAGUGAUUUGCCAGCAAGCGGCGCAGCUUCUGCGUCGAAGUCGAAGAAGAGAAAGGGUUGUAAUACAAGCGGCAGGACAAUAGCAACAUCUUCAACUCGUGACGAUACUGCUCUCUCUGCCGUGAAACUGAAGGACAUUGCGAGGUGUUGUCUGGUGGUGGCAACGUUUGAGGAUGUUGCUGCGGUUUUGGACCAUUUGGAGGGGGAGGUAUAAUUACUUGACUAUAUCAAGCUGUACGUGUACUUUUUUUUUAGCUGAUUUUUGAUUCGCGUUUUUGAUUUGGUUUUCAUGCUGUUGCUGACCGUGGUAGUGCCUUGAGAAAUUCUUACUUCAAAUGCAGUUUCUAAAUGCUGCAUGAAAUAAAGACGAAUACCAGAUCAAAUAAUCUCGAAUGUGAUCGAAUAUGACAAUUUCCAUCUCGCCCCAGCUCUCCCGAACUAUCGGCGUGUUCUUCGUCAAGGACCGGAUGUUCGAGCUUCAUUAUGAAAGUGCACAGCUCCCCCUCCUCAUUUGUCAUGUAGAAACCCGAAUCCAGUUGCGUCCUUGUGGCAUCGUGUGCAUGACAAAUUUCGGUGGAAAUCCGAACAGAACUACGCUCGGCGCAUAAUCUUGUCAUGCACAGGGUCCAUCUGUGUUGGUGUUUCUGUUUGUAAUUACACAAAAUAGAACGCACUUCAAUCCCAAAAUAAAUCUCCUUUCUUUCUUUUUUCCUUGUUUCCUUUUUUCCUUCCAAUUCGCACGCAAUAAUUAUCGCUACGGGCCUUGAGCGCUAGCCUAAACCGGAUUUGUAAUGCUAUUCAUGUCAUACAAAUGAGGGGGAGGGGGAGUUGUGCAUUUGCAUACUCAUCCCGAAGAUGACACGAAGAUGCAACGACCUUCGUCCCAUUGGCGCGACCUGCUCUUUUACCUCUGCUUUCGCGCCAAGCCAGACGUCGUGUUUGAGCUGCAACUCGUGCAUUACGGGAUGAAAAGUGCGGACUUGAGGAGUGGUUGUCAUGCGAAUGGGGGAGCACAGAAAGAGGAAACGGUUUGGGAGCAGCUCCGGUUGUUGCACGAAAUUUCCUGUGCUGGUCGCGGGUAAGUAGUAGAUCCAGAAGGCAGCUAUAGCGCCUCGAUCAAAGCGUGCAGUGAAAGCGUUAGAACGAAACUGAAAGCUGCCGGAGUCGUGUGGCUCCAAGAAAAAAAAAGAAAAACAAAAGUUUUGCACGACGAAGGACUGCCUUGCUACUAGGAGUGCGCAGGCGAUGAAAGUAGAUGAUAUCAAGUUCAGAUUGUGAUUAAACCAAACAGAAGGAGCAAAAAAAUUGUACAAUGAUAGAAGUAUCCUAUGACUCAUCAGGAGCAUCGUUUUCAAAAUUAAAACACGGAUUGAAAGAAAGAUAGACCUAAAUAGAAAGUGAAUGAAUAGGAGCGAAGCUGCGUAGCAAUGGCCAAGGCGAGCAAGCCCUCAGGACUUUGUAGACGAGGCAAUGCAAUAGCCGCCAACUUUGCAUUUGCAAGCUUGUCGGGUACCAGCUUGGCGGCGUAUAUAUAAUUCUCUAGUCUUGCGGCCGGAACCGGAAGUAAAGAAGAACUUGAGCUGUUGUACCAAAUGUAAAGAUAUGACCUAGUUUAUUCGUAGUUUCAUAUCCUUUCCCAGAAACCAUCGAGGUAGAAGACCACGACGAGAGGCUUGUAUUUACAACGACGAGUUGCAUCGUAGUAGGGCUUCCUAUAAUUGAAAAGUUGUAGCUCUCCUGAUUCUAAUCAUCAUGUCUUAGUCUUGCCAGAAACUGAACUGGAGAAAAAUCGACCAAUGAAUAAUUGUACACUCUACUGUUCCACCUCCAAGUAAAUGUUUGGAGAAUAGUUUUGCGAAGUGGC